AUGCUUGAGGACCAACAAAAUCCGUUCUCGAUCAAAUAUCUUUCACAUGAUCUAUCCGAUGAAAUAAUUGAAAACUCUGCAGUCAUUGAGUUGCAAUUAGCAGGAGUAAGUAUUGGAAAUGUUCUAUAUGAAGUAAUUGUUUUAUGGAAUACAAUUAACUUACUUUCAUUAAAUAGAAUUGAUUGUAACGUAGAAAUAGAAAUAAAAGAUGGUAUUAUUACCUUUGUAAUCCCACAAAAGGCUCAAAAAGAAGAAAAUAAAUAUAUAUGUGCAAAAAAUAAUGUGGCAUCUAUUUAUUUACAUUUAUUAUUAAGU